AUGUCGCUGCCAUUCUCCAAUGAGCCCCCUGCUGAGCGGGUGCCAUACGCCAUCCCCCAGCUGGAGGGUGAACGCAUCACGAUUCCAGGCAGUAAAGGCGUCUUCCGCAUUCUGACUUCUUCGAAACAGACCAAUGGCUUGAUGGCGGUCUUUCAGAGCGGUGCAACAAUCUCGGACGCCCCGGGCUUCCAUUACCAUGAGAAAGCCCAUGAUGUCUUCUUGGUGACAAAAGGGUACUUGAAAUUGUGGAACGGACCCCAGUGUCGGAUAUUGGGUCCAGGCGACUUUGCCUAUAUUCCUCCAACUGUCAUUCAUAACCCGGAAAUGAUUGGUCCACACACUGAGUUGCAGGGCCUGAUCACUCCUGGCGACUGGGUGGAUUUCUUCCGCUACGUAUCGGAGCCUUUUGAAGGUAUCCUGGUACCCGAAACCGAUAACCGUGAUCUGAAGUCACUCUUGAUCCCCAAGGUCAUGGCUGCAAAGGGCAAAUUCGACGUCGUCUUCCAGCCUCACUAUGUCCCUCCCGAGGUGAGCGACUGGAGUGAGGCAGAUGAGAAGCUCCCGGAAGGGAACCAAGGAUACUUUCUUCGUGCUAACACGGGCCCGCGGUGGAUGCUGGGUGGAGUGAUGUCACGACCUUUCGUGACCACCAAACAAAGUGCUGGUGUUUGUGCCAUCUCCAGCAUUGAGUCAUCUAAAGACUACGGAGACACCGUUUUCUCUCAAUUAAUGACAUUCCCCACGGUGGAUCACUGUUUUUGUGUGAUGGAGGGAAAGUUGAAAGUGGCUCUUCGAGGGUCUGGUGAGAGUAUCUUCCAUGAAGGAGAGACAGUUGUUGUGCCGGCUGGUCAAGCUUUCUCCCUGGGCUUUGAGAGCAAGUAUGUGAAAGUCCACUCCUUUGCCGAUGGCGAUGGGAUUGAAUCUUUGAUUCACCGAGCUGGUGGGCAGAUUCAGCAAGUCGUGCUUCCUGACCAGGCACCAGCGUGGGACGCGUCCAAAAUAUCGGCAGCGGCACAAGAAAUGCAAAUAGAACUAGAGAUAUAG